AACCCUUUGACUGCCUGCUCAACCAUUUGGUUUAGCAUAUUUUGAGAGACUAUAUAUAAUGAACUGGAGUACUUAGCUUAACUCAACCUUAUUGAGCCAUCUCUACCACUUGGUUGAGUUAUGUUAUCCUAAAAAAAAACACUAGAUGGCACUGUGUCAGGAUAUGGCAGGCCUCAUCUGCCACCCUCCAACCAGGAAAUCAGAAAGCAAAAAAUCACUCUGGACACAUGGACUGUUUUGGCUAAAAAUUUUAAAGAUGGAUUGCAAAUCCUUUUAUGGAGCAAGACAACGCACCUACCUGGCCCUUGUACCUGAAAAUUCUCAGGACUCUGAUGGUGAACUGAGUGAUGAUGACCCAAUAGAGGAUCCAGAUUUUCAACCCAAUUUUGCAGAUGAUAGUGAUGAAAGCUGCUUUGAUGUUUCCCUGGAUGAAGAUGCUCCUUCAACAAGUAGAUCUAAUAAACUUUCGCGUAAAAUGAGCAAAAAAGGGAAAACUAUCCUAAAAACAGUUCCCUUGGAUGAAGCAGAGGAUACAUUAGACCCAUCUUCCUCUUUAGUCCCAAAAAAAGACACAAGAAGAAUCUGGAAGCAUGAGGACAUUGAAGAAUUUCAAGUUCCAGAUGCAAGUUUCGAAACCCCUGACGCCCUACAGUCCCCAUUCCAGUACUUCAAAAUGCUCUUCACUGAUGAAAUGAUUGAUCAUAUUGCCUAUCAUACCAAUCUGUAUUCUGCUCAAGAGGCGAAAGUUAUGAUCCCAUGCCCAUCACUCAUCCCUGCAUACAAUGAGCAUAUGGGAGGGAUAGAUCUCUCUGACAUGCUGGUACACCUGUACAAGACCCCAGCCAAGUCUACAAGAUGGUACCUGCCACUCUUUGGUUACAUGCUUGAUCUGUCCAUUGCAAAUUCCUGGCUGGUCUACAAGAGGGAAUGUGGACAACUAAACCAGAAACCAAUCACACUCAAAAGAUUCCGCCUGGCAGUUGCGCAUAGCUUGAAACAAGUCAACAAGCCAGCAUCCAAAGUUGGCCGACCAUCAUCCAGCUCUCCACCACCACCAAAGAAACGAUACACCCCAAGACCCUCACAACCACAGCCAGAUGUGCGAUAUGACUGCUUUGGGCAUUGGCCACUUCACUGUGACAAGCGAGGCCGAUGCAAUUACUGUCCAAAGGGCGUCUCAAGAUGGAAAUACCAAAAAUGCAAUGUUUUCUUGUGCUUGAAUGCCAGUCAGGAAUGCUUUGCAGUGUACCACCAGAAGAUCUAAUCAUCAAGGGGUAUUGGUGAAGUUGCAUGAACGGCAAAAGAAAAGAGCCAGAACUGUUUCAGUGUGUUCUCAAAUUUUUCAGUGCAAAAUGGCAAUGGUAUAUAAUAUACCACCAGAAUUUUCUGGAAAAUAAAAUAAAAAAUGUUAGUGCUGUUCCAACACUACAGUGAAAAGUUUAUGUUAACAACAGGUCAAAAGUGAAUUUGUAUGUUUAUGAAUUUUCGGUAAUUGCAGAUCAAGUUUUUGAUCAAAUUUACAAUAUUUUUGUGUUUUAUACAUUUUGUGGUUUGUUAUUAUAACGCCCACUGUUGAAAUGGAAUCCAACAAUGUUUGAUGUUUUACUACCACAAUAAAGUGGGUCAAACACAAAAUUGGGUAGUUAUUGUUUUGCAAAAUGAGUAUAACCUUUACUUUUUUCUACUAGUUAUGUCUGUAGAACUUUAUGUAGUUGUACCAUAGAGAGACAUCUCAACCGUUUGGUAGAGGGUAAUAUUUAAAAAACUAUAAGGUGUGUAUAAAUUUUUUUUUUUGAUUGUGAUCAUUAUUGACCUAAAGGAAUAGAAAAUGUGGACAA